AUUACACUUGUUACCUUACUUUUCAUUUAGACGAACAACCUGAAUUAUCAUAUCAGAAUAUCGAGAGCGAUUCAAAACUUUUUAAUAUGGUAGAUAAUCAUAUCCAAAGUUCAACCAUAAAUGCAAAAUAACAAGUGAUCUUCCAAAUUUGACACAAAAUCUUCUUAUUUUCAUAUUUGUACUAUUUGCUUUAUUUUAUUAUAUUAUUGUGUUUAUUACUCCUAUAUAAAACCAUACAUUUAUAAAGAAAAACCCAUUUCCCACAACCCCAUUUCUCUAGUUCAUUCCAUUCUAUUCCUCAAAAACACCACCCAAUGAGAACGAGAAUGAGAACCACCACAUUUCUACUCCUCUUCCUCCUCUCUUUCACCACUAUUUUCCCUCCCAAACAAUGCCUAUCUCAAAAACCAUCACCCAUAAAAAACAUAGUAGUCCUAGUAUUAGAAAACAGGUCAUUUGAUCACUUAAUCGGGUGGAUGAAAAAAUCCGUAAACCCGAAAAUCAACGGCGUAGAUGGGACGGAGUGCAACCCGGUCUCCACCAAAGACCCGAGAUCGAAAUCCGUUUGCGUGAGCGACGACGCGGAAUACGUAGACCCAGAUCCAGGUCAUUCCUUUGAAGAUGUAGCCAAACAAGUAUUUGGGGGAAACAACAACAUUCCCUCAAUGAAAGGGUUCAUAGAACAGGCAAUCUCAAUGUCAGAGAAUGUGUCAGAAGCAGUAAUGAAAGGUUUUAAACCCAGAAAUGUGCCAGUUUUUGAAGCUUUAGUGAGAGAAUUUGGUGUUUUUGAUAGAUGGUUUUCAUCAAUUCCAGGACCAACUCAACCAAACAGAUUGUUUGUUUAUUCUGGAACUUCACAUGGUGCUGUUAGUCAUGUGAAGAAACAGUUGGCUUUUGGAUACCCACAGAAGACUAUUUUUGAUUCAUUGCAUGAAAACAAAUUGGAUUUUGGGAUUUAUUUUCAGUCAAUUCCAAGCACUUUGUUUUAUAGGAAUUUGAGGAAGUUGAAGUAUGUUUUCAAGUUUCAUAUGUUUGACACUUUCAAGAAACAUGCUAAUGCUGGCAAACUCCCCAGUUUAUCUGUCAUUGAACCCAGAUACUUUGACAUGAAAGGAAUGGCAGCAAACGACGAUCAUCCAUCACAUGAUGUAGCAAAUGGACAAAAGUUAGUCAAGGAAGUUUAUGAAACAUUAAGAACAAGUCCACAAUGGAAUCAAAGUCUAUUGGUAAUAACAUAUGAUGAACAUGGUGGUUUUUAUGAUCAUGUUCAAACACCUUAUGUUAAUGUCCCUAGUCCAGAUGGUAACACUGCUCCUCCUCCUACUUUUUUCAAGUUUGAUCGACUUGGUGUUCGUGUUCCUACUAUUAUGGUCUCCCCUUGGAUUAUUAAAGGAUCUGUGAUAAGUAAACCAAAAGGACCAACACCAGAUUCAGAGUUUGAGCAUUCAUCAAUCCCAGCUACCAUCAAGAAAAUAUUCAACCUCAACUCCAAUUUCUUGACACGCAGAGACGAAUGGGCCGGUACUUUUGAGGAUGUCGUUGGGGAGUUAACUUCUCCCCGAACUGAUUGCCCUCAGUUUCUACCAGAAGUAACGCCACUGAGGAAGACAGAAGCAGACGAAGAGAGGAAACUAUCUUCAUUCCAAACCGAAAUAGUUCAAUUAGCAGCUGUUCUUAAUGGUGAUCAUUUACUGAGCAGUUUCCCUAAUGAUUUAGCCGAUAAAAUGAAUGUAAGAGAAGCGCAUGAGUAUGUAACAGGUUCUGUAUCCAGGUUUCUUAGAGCGGGGAAGGAGGCGAUUAAGCUUGGGGCUGAGGACUCCACCAUUGUAAAUAUGAGGUCUUCCCUCACUACUAGAUCCUCUGUUCAACAUUAAGGAUUUUUCUUUAGUUUAUACAGUUUAAUUAAGAUUAGCCAUCAUACUAAGUAUUAUGGUUACUACCAUUUAUAGAUUUAAAA